AGGGGGGGGGGGGUCAGAGAGAGAGAGAGGAAGAAAGGGAGACACUGGGUGGGGGGGAAGUUUUUGUUCUUUUCCUUUUUAUUUUUUUCCCCCUGUCAUCGCCUCCCCUUGUUCUCACCGGGCAACAUGGACCAGGGGCCCAAGAGUCCUGCACUGCGGCUGGGGAGAGCAGGGAACCGGUAGCCCCUCUCCAUUUACUGGAGGUCACGGUGUUCCAGUGAGGUGGCCGACUCAAGCGGGGCGUCCGGGUGGCCUUUUUUUUAAAGCCCCCCCUUUGCAUCGCACCGGGAGCUCUGCAGCCCCCCACCUUCACCAUGGAGAUCCACUGUAAGCACGACCCGUUCGCUGCAAUGCACAGACACGGCGGGGUGAACCAGCUCGGAGGCGUGUUUGUAAACGGCCGGCCCCUCCCGGACGUGGUCCGCCAGCGAAUAGUGGAACUCGCCCACCAAGGGGUCCGGCCCUGCGACAUCUCACGCCAGCUGCGAGUCAGCCACGGGUGUGUCAGCAAGAUACUGGGCAGGUACUACGAGACGGGCAGCAUCCGCCCCGGGGUGAUCGGGGGAUCCAAACCAAAGGUUGCUACUCCCAAAGUGGUCGACAAGAUCGCCGAUUACAAACGCCAAAACCCCACCAUGUUCGCCUGGGAGAUCCGGGACCGGCUCCUGGCCGAGAGAGUGUGCGACAACGACAGCGUCCCCAGCGUCAGCUCCAUCAACAGGAUCAUUCGGACAAAGGUGCAGCAGCCGCCCGGCCAAACCGGCUCAGUGUUGGCUCACAACUUAGCGACGUCCGUAGCGGCCUCACAAGUGUCAGCGGUGACCGGCGACUCAGCCGGCUCCUCGUACUCCAUCAGCGGCAUUCUGGGUAUCAGCUCAGCCGCUGACGUGGGCAAGAGGAAGAGGGACGAAGGUUUGCAGGAGUCACCGCUGGCCAACGGGCACGCCCACGGCGGGCGGGACUUCCUCAGGAAGCAGAUGAGAGGGGAGCUGUUCUCGCCGCAGCAGAUCGAGGUAUUGGACCGCCUGUUUGACGGACCCUGUCCGAUCCAGUCCGGCUCUGACCUCUAUGUGAGCCCUGACUCUGGCAAGACGUCCGAUUACUCGGCCAUGGCCUCGCUAGCCGGCGGACUGGACGAGAUGAAGAACAGUUUGGCCAAUCCUGGUGGAGGGGCGGAGUUAGGAGCCAGCGUGUCGGGUCCACAGUCCUAUUCACUCGUUCCAGGCCGAGACCUAGCCAGCACCACUCUGCCAGGCUACCCUCCUCAUGUUCCUCCCACCGGACAGGGCAGCUACUCCACCCCCUCCCUCACCGGCAUGGUACCUGGUGGAGAUUUUUCCGGAAGUCCGUAUUCCCAUCCUCAGUAUUCCACAUACAACGAAUCCUGGAGAUUUCCCAACCCCAGUUUAUUAGUGUUCCAGCAGGAUUAUGGGUCUCUCCUGGGGACGGAAAUCGGCUGCUCCUCCAGCCUCUUCACCAGCCAGGCAGGACAGAUGCAAGGGUCACCGUACUACUACAGUGCAACGUCACGGGGGGCAGGCCCUGCUGCCACUGCAACAGCCUCCGCCUACGACCGCCACUGACCCCUUCCACGGAGAGAAGACGAGGAUGAGGAGACGAGGGGAGGGGAGGGGGACGAGGGGACAGAUAGCACCAGCACUGCACAGUACAAACCUGCCUACGGACGGACGACAAUGAGGAGGAAGAUUUCAAAUUUUUGACGUCAGUGAAGUUUGAAUUUUUCUAUGACAGACACUUAAAGCCGACAAACGGGGCUGAAGACGCGAUGAUGAUACAUCAACAUGUGCGGGGGUGACAUUCCUGUGAGGACACCGGCUUGACAGUGUCAAUAACUGCUAUAAGAUAGAGGACUGAUGGAUUUGGACCCUCCCAUGAUAAAUCCAGGCUUUGGUAUCCCUAUCUUGUGGUGACUGAAACUGUGUUGUGAUCUUCGGUGGUUAAAUGUUGCGUUUUUAGGUUGGAAAAUAAUUCUUCGGAGGAAAUUAUUUGAAUGCGAUUCGAGCAAAAUCCCUUUUUCAAACAGUGUCUUUUUAUGCCCCCGACAUCAAUCAAUCAAUUUUCUAUGCCACGCUACGGUGAAGUAAAGACAAUCCAAUUCUCAUAACUUCGAAUGACCAAAAUCGCCCAUAUCGCGACCAUUCUAGUCUCUCUGCUGUCGAUGCGACACGCUUCCCCUGGGAUCACAACGCUCCAUUAACGGGACACCGUCGUUUUCAAUUGGGAGUGUUCAGUUUCAGUUUGCUAAGCCCCCCCCCCCCUCCCGAGCUACCUGUCAAACUUUCUGCUAUCAGCAAUGAUACAUCAACACUGUAUGUUUUUUUCUUUAAACAAUGGAUCCUUUCAGACAGAAGCAGACAGUCUGCAACCAUCUAUUUUUGCGGACAAAAAAAAACCCGGCCUCCAGUUUAAUCUGUCAUUACCACCUUUGCUCUUCUGUUUUGGGAUUUGAAAAAAAAGGACGAGACGAUAAGUAGUAUCUCUCUCACUACAGCCCCCGAUGCACACUGCCUCCACAUGUGGAGAAAUCCAAAAGCUUGACGGGACGGCCGUGCUUAGUUACGGUCGCCGGGCUACAAUUGGAUGAAUCCCUGUACCGGGGUGAGCUUCAGUUCCAGUGGUUGCGGCCCUGAGCCCAGUGUGUGUGUCACAGAGCGUCUAACGUGCACGCGUUCACGCACUCAAAGUGGCCGCGAGCGCCGCCGACUGACUGACGGACAGGCCUUUCAGCAAAAGCACAGCCUAAAAUCGGAGUCCUCCGCUGUCAAAUGGACAGUGAACGCACUCACGCCAGACCAAAAUAAAAAGCCACCGGGGAGGCCCACCGUACAGGGCGGUGCUAUCCCGCCUCCCCCAGCCAAGACGUAGUCCGGAUCAAGAGCUAUUUAUAAUGGGAGGAGACACAGAGUAAUAUAUUAAGAAGCUUUUCUGCGCUGCACUCCGUGAUGAGAGUGAAUGCCUGUUAAUGAUUUAUAAUAUGUGUCACGCUGUUGUGCUAGAAUAGUGAUGAUGAUGAUAAUGAUGACAAUGCCGUGAAAUAUGAAAUCUUCAACAAAAAAAAAAAACGUUCCAUAUGACAACAAGUCUUUGUUUAUGAACAUGAUCUGAGUUUCCUGUUUAUGGUGCGUCGCCUGGUAACAGUUGACGCAGGUGCCAUUGAAUAAAAAGACGCCAUUUUUAUCUGCUUCCUGAAUAUUGAUAAGAGGAGCCAGGAAGCAGCGGCACCCUCUCUUUCUCUCUCUCUCUUUCUCUCUUUCUAGUUCUCUCUAAACUCCCCAAAGAUGUGCCCCCCCUAGUGGAACGGCUGACUAACUACAAAAGCACAAAGAGACUCAAUCAUCAUUUAAAAAGGCGCCAUUUUGCUUUUUUUUUGUCUUCCUUUUAUAACUUCUUCUUCUUUGUUUUAUUUUUCUUCUUCUUCUUCAUUUUAUUUUUCUUCUUUGUUUUCUUCUUCUUCUUCGUCUCCUCCAUCAGUUCUGCGCCGUGACAAUGUAUGACACCGGGGUCGAGGCCUUACCCAUCACGUACAGACACAGCAGGACAGAUUUGCCCUCCGGCGCUGAUCUGAAAUCUGUGUGUUUUCCCUCUAAAAUGUGUUUUUCUUUUUUCUUCGAGGGCCCACGGUGUUGAUCUGGUGAGAGGGCACUAUCUCCCCUGAACCUGUACGCAGCUUCCUGUCUCACUUCUGUCCAUACAAGCCGUGUACAGUAAUCAGUGAACGAGAAGAGAAGUCACGAUGUCGAUAGCGAUUUCAGUUAUUCACAUUUUAGAUUUUAGUGAUGAAGCUUCCUUUAUGAUAAAAAAAAAAAAAGAAAAAGAAAAAAAAAGACUAAGAGGUGUGUGGUGUUGUUUUAGCCAUCGUCUGCAAAUGUUUACAUAUCUUUUUUCCAUUUUAUUUUGGUAUGCGUGGCUGACCGUAGCGCUUCAUUGCUACUGUGUAGUUUUAUUAGCAGAUUGAAGGCACCAAAUCUGCAGCGUGAGACAUGAACAUAAAGCUAUAUAUAUAUAUAAACGUAUACCUAUGAA